AUGGCAGCUAAGAGAAAAGGAAAGGGGAAGGAAGCAUUAGGAAAAGAAUUAGGAGAUAAAAAGCAAAUCUUAAACAUAAAUUUGAAUUAGAUUUAUGAAGGUGCUCUUGAUAGCAACUAUUAUGUUAUUGCAACCAUGAAGAAUGGUUAAAAAGCUAAAGCAAGGAUUAUUGAAUGUAGAGAAAGUAAAGAUUUUGAUGGAAAAAAGGAAAGAAACGAUUAUUCAUAUGAUUAUUAUUGUCAUUUUGAAGGAUUCAAUAGGAGAAAUGACUAAUGGGUAACACGAGCAAAAAUAGAACUUACAAAUGAACUAUACUCGGAUUAGCAUCUUAAAAAAAAGAAAAAGGGAGAAGAUUAGAAAUAAGACAAAGAAGAGAAUGAUGAACAUGAAGGCAUGGAUGAGGCUUCACUGCAGGCACAUAUGAUAGCUACUAAAGUGAAGACAAUAGAAAGAAUUUAAAUUGGAAAAUACUCAUGUGAGACAUGGUAUUACUCUCCUUAUCCAAAGGGAUACCACAACUUAGAAGCUUUAUAUAUAUGUGAGUUUUGCUUAAGUUUUUAUAUUACUCAAAAUGAGCUUGAUAGACACAAAAAAAUAUGCAAAUUAACCCACCCACCAGGUGAUGAAAUUUACAGAGAUGACACAAGAAAAUAAUCUGUAUCUAUGUUUGAAGUUGAUGGUAAAAAAAAUUAGGUAUAUACUGAAAAUCUUGGAUAUCUAAGCAAGCUUUUCUUAGACCAUAAGAACCUCUAUUACAGUUUAGAUCCUUUUUUGAUAUAUGUUUUUUGUGAAAACGAUGAAGAAGGCAGUCAUAUUGUUGGGUAUUUUUCAAAAUGGAAAGAAUGUCCUAAUGGGUUUAACUUGUCCUGUAUAUUAGUACUUCCUUGUCAUUAAAGAAAAGGAUAUGGCAAAUUUUUAAUAAGUUUUUCAUAUGAACUCUCACUUAUUGAGGGAAAGGUAGGAACUCCAGAAAGACCUCUCUCUGAUUUAGGAAGGGUGAGCUACUUGAGUUGGUGGUCACAAAGAAUAAUUGAAUACAUUAAAUCAAAACCCGCUGAUUUUAAUUUUAGUAUAUAAGAUAUAACAAGAGAGACUGGAAUUAUGGAAAAAGAUAUUAUUUGGACUUGUGAAUAAAAAAAUAUGAUAAAGUAUGCAUAAGGAUAAGUCAUUAUAUGCACUGACAUGAAUUAUCUAAAUAAAAUUUACAAAGAUGCUGGUUAACCUGGAGUUCCUGUUCAUCCUCAUUUGAUGAGAUGGAUGCCAUUUAGAUUUAAAUGGGACAAAGAAGUAUAAAUUGCUACUUAUUCUCAGUAAUAUUCUGUAGACAAAUUUUUGUAAGCACCUAUAGAGUAAUCAAACAGUCUAUAGCAAUAGAGUAAACCUAAGUUAACUCCAAAGCCACAGUGA